UCCACAUUUGAGCAUUUUGUUCCUUCUUUCAUGCUCUACUCUGACCGGCAGCAACGAUGAGAAAUUGGGUCCUUUUGGCUCUUAUUUUUGUGGUUCUUUUUGGUGGGUUUUCUUCAGCUUCAGCUACAAAUCCUGCAAAAAUUGUUAGUGGGGUCGUCUCCAAUGUGGUCUCUGCUCUUAUUAAGUGGCUGUGGACACAGAAGUUCAUCACUAAGACAGCGGUUUCUAAUCGUUCGAUGAUGAAAUUUGAGGCGGGAUACACGGUGGAGACGGUAUUCGAUGGAAGUAAGCUUGGCAUUGAACCAUACUCAGUUGAGGUGGCCCCAAGUGGGGAGCUUCUUGUUUUGGAUUCUGAAAACAGUAAUAUGUACAAGAUCUCAACUCCAUUGUCUCGUUAUAGCAGGCCAAAGCUGGUUGCUGGAUCUCCUGAAGGGUAUUCUGGGCACGUAGAUGGGAAGCCAAGAGAGGCAAGGAUGAACCACCCAAAAGGACUUACCAUGGAUUAUAAGGGAAACAUUUACAUUGCAGACACUUCAAAUAUGGCUAUUAGGAAGAUCGCUGAUUCAGGGGUAACGACUAUUGCAGGUGGAGCAUGGGACCGAGGAGGUGGUCAUGUUGACGGUCCAAGUGAAGAUGCAAAGUUUUCGAAUGAUUUUGAUGUGGUUUAUGUUGGAGCUAGCUGCUCACUUUUGGUUAUAGACAGAGGAAACCAGGCAAUUCGAGAGAUCCAACUAAAUGAUGAUGACUGUUCUUACCAGGAUGAUAGUACUUUCCAUUUAGGGAUAGCAGUUCUUGUUGCAGCUGGGGUUUUUGGUUACAUGCUGGCAUUACUGCAACGAAGGGUGCAAGUAAUGUUUUCUUCCAAAAAUAAUUCAAGAGCACCUAUAACGAAAGGUUCACCAGUGGGACCAUAUCAGAGACCUCCUAAAUCAGUGAGGCCCCCCUUGAUUCCACCUGAAGAUGAACCUGAAAGACCAGAAGAGGGAUUCUUUAGUUCUCUUGGGAAGCUUGUCCUCAACACUGGCUCAUCUGUAGCUGAGAUGUUUGGGGGAUUAUUUUCAGGCUCAAGAAGAAAGCCCCUCCUCCAUCAUCAGCACUACCAACAACUGAACAAACAUUCAACUGCAUGGCCCAUGCAGGAGAGCUUUGUGAUACCUGACGAGGAUGAGCCACCACCAUCAAUAGAAACUAGACCACCUACACCAAAAAAGACCUACCCUUUUAUGACCAAGGACCUGGAGAGGAACCACAAUAUCAAGCAAAGUCAAGCUUACUAUAAUGGCUGGGAUGGCGAUUACCGCCAACAACAUCUGUACAUGCAGCAUCUGCAACAACAGCAGCAUCGGCAGCAGCAUCAGCAACAACAGCAGCAUCAUCACAGGCAUUUUUCAUCUGGCCCACAAACUUACUAUGAGAAGAGCUGCGAAACGAAUGAAAUAGUCUUUGGGGCAGUUCAAGAGCAGGAUGGACGGCGAGAAGCUGUGGUAAUAAAGGCUGUUGACUAUGGAGAUCCUAUCUAUAAUCACCAUAAUAUUAGACCCCGAUUUAAUUACACGGGUUACUCUCAUGGAUAUCCAUCAUCGAGUGCUGCUUUAUUUUAGUAAAGGGAUUGCUAACUUAUGGUAUUGGUGCUGCUCGUUUUUCGUUUUUGUUUUUUUAGGGGUAAUGUUAGUUCUCCACAGUUUCAUUCUGGUAAAAGGAAGUACGAGAAUGUAAUAUAUGACUAAAACCGCAUUGUAGUUUGUUUUUACUAGAAAUCAAGAAUGGAGGGACAGAUAUUUCCCCAGGCC